AUGAGUAUGGAAGAAGAGAGACAUGACUCGGAAUGUUCCAAGACAAGCCCUUCGAAUGAAGAAGGUUGUGAAGAAAGUGAUGAGGGGAAUGAAGACGAGAGUAAGCAACACAACAAUGGAGGAAGCUCAAGCAACAGCACUGUGGAAGAGAACGAGAAGAAGACAACAGUGAGGCCUUAUGUUAGAUCCAAGUUGCCUAGGCUACGUUGGACACCCGAUCUUCAUCUUCGCUUUGUUCAUGCUGUUCAAAGACUUGGAGGACAAGAGAGAGCAACCCCAAAGUUGGUUCUUCAGUUGAUGAAUAUCAAAGGUUUAAGUAUUGCUCAUGUCAAGAGUCAUUUACAGAAGCAAGAAGGUAGACACAAAUCAAGAUAUGGAUAUGGGGAUGCUUCAUUUGCUAUCUAUGAAAACACGGUGAACAGACCUUGCAUGAAUAGGAGUUCGGUAGAUGAAUCUGGAGCUGAUAUUUGUGGCAGCAGAUUGACUGAGGGGACUCAUGGGACCAAUAGUAACAUCAAUUGGUGUCAUAAUGUGUUCCGGUUUGAUUCUUCCAGUUUUAAUGAACCGUCAACAAGUAAACUCCACGAACCAAAACAUAAGUUCUUCUCAUUUGGUGGCAAUGAAUCCUUAAGCACACAAAUCAAAAUGAGCCAAGAUGAUCUACAUCAAUCAACACAAAUGCAGCCUAGUGCACCAGAGCUCAUGCCAAAAAAUAAGAUAGCUACAAAUCAGGUCGAACUAAAGAGCUUACAAAGGAAGAAUUCAGAUACUGACAUUGAUUUGAAUCUGUCACUUAAAUUAAGUUCAAGGGUCAGUGCUGAGGACCAAGGAAGCAUGGUGGACCAUGAAGUUGAUAGCAAUCUAUCACUCUCUUUGUGUUCUCAAUCCUCUUCCCCUUAUCUUAGCAGCAGGUUGAGAAAAUCACAAGAUCAUUCGAAGAAGCAAGGGGGAAAAGCCAGAACAUUGGAUCUGACUAUAUGA